GGCUACAACACUGCUCCUGCUCUCCCAGCGCCAGAAAUAAGGUGCCUUCCUCUCCUCACUAAUAUUCCAACUCCAGCCACCUCUGCCCAGCACCCAAGUCACUCUGUGGCACCGAAUCCAGCGUGCGUCUUCAUUGCCUCCAGGCGACUAUCGCACCAGCCGACUGAUGGAGAGCAAACGCUGCUUUGCCAAUCGCUUCUCGGACUAUAAGGGCAGCCUUCUGUCCGGCCAGGGCAGCGAAGCGUCGGUACCGCUCAUCCUCAGCACCUUGGAGAGCGUCCUACAGAAGCUGCCGGCACAGGGCGGUGAGGAAGGCGGGCUGUAUGGGGGGCUGGCCGGGGUGGCUUACAUGCUCUACCACGUCUCCCAGUGCCACCUGUUCAGCUCUGGCAGGGACACCUACCUGCGUAAGGCCACCGCUCUCAUCGAGUCCUGCACAGCGUAUUAUGACCGGGAGCAGGACAGGGAGACUCGGGCAUCCUUUCUUUUGGGGGGAGUAGGGGUAUAUGCCGUGGCCGCUCUGAUCUAUGAAGCUAGGGGGCUACAGGCGGACUCCAACCGGGCUCUGGACAAAUUCAAGGAGAUUGGAGAGAUCUGUACCCCGCUCGGCUUCCUGGAGUGCGGCUCGGACGAGCUGUUUGUGGGCAGGAGCGGGUACCUGUGCGCAGCCCUGGUGCUAAAGCAAAAGCUCCAGGUGGAGGUAUUGACUCCAGUGCAGAUUAGAUCAAUCUGCCAAGCCAUCCUGGAAUCUGGAAAGCAUUAUUCAAAGAAAAAAAGAAAACUGUUUCCACUUAUGUACUCUUAUUAUGGAACAGAAUACUUGGGUGCAGCACACGGGCUAUCAUCUGUUUUGCAAAUGCUUCUGACCUAUCAGGACUAUCUCCAACCUGCAGACCGGGACCUUGUUUGGGAGAGUGUGGACUUUCUGGUAAACCAGGAGCAGAACUGUAACUGGCCCCCUGAAUUAGGGGGAGUGAUAGAACGGGAAAAUGAACUGGUACAUUGGUGCCAUGGUGCCCCAGGCAUUGCAUAUCUGUUUGCCAAAGCAUACCUGCUUACCCGGAAACCUUGCUAUCUGGACACAUGCAUCAGAUGUGGAGAGCUAACUUGGCAAAAGGGACUGCUAAAGAAAGGCCCAGGAAUUUGCCAUGGAGUUGCAGGCAGUGCCUAUGUGUUUCUUUUGCUAUAUAGACUCACAGGCCACUCCAAGUACAUUUACAGAGCACAAAGGUUUGCUGAGUUCCUAUUCUCGGAUGAAUUCAAAGCUGGAUCUUGUACCAUCGAAAACAUUUACAGUCUCUAUGAAGGCCUUUCCGGAACCGUGUGUUUUCUGGUUGAUCUCCUGCAGCCUAAUGAUGCAGAGUUUCCACUAUUCAGUGUGUUUGUCUAGAGAGUCCUAGUACACUGUACUGUCAGUUAUUCUCUGUUCUAAUCUAUCCAAGUGUAAUGGGCAUGUUCAUGCAGGAAAUGCAACUCAAUUAGAGGACUGUCAUUCUGCCCCAUGAUUGAAUAACUUGCAAGUAGCUGAUUGGUCACACACUGUUGUCAUGCCUCUGCCCUUGACAAUUUUUUAUUAAGUACAUGGUGCAUUGCAGAGUGAACACAACAGGUGCUAUUUACCUACAGUAUGUGAGUGUUAUUGGAAGAGCAGUUAAAAAGCCAGAUAUUUAACUCAUCUAGUGAACACAAUUUCUUGCAAAAGGUUUCCAUAUUUUGAAUGAAUGAUAGGUAAUAAAAUAUAUUUAUCAUUUAACCACAGCCUAAUUUGCAUAUUCCAGUUUGAGAUACAUAAAAAAAUUACAUCGUCUGUGAACAACUUUCGUUGUGCAGAGCUUUAAAGUCAUCCAAUUAUGAGGGUUUCGCCAAACCAAAUUCAAAUUCUGCAAGAACCAAAUUUAGCCGAACCAAAUUCUGGAAUCAGUGCAUCCCUAAUUAAGGCACUUGCCUGAUUAAGUUUAUAUAUUUGAUGGAAGACUGGAUAACAAAUAGGAAUUGAAUGGAUUCAUAAACUUUUUUUCAUUUACUUAUUAAUCUUGGAUUCUUAGAUUAAAUAGUAGGUGAGGUUUUAAAACAAAUGUCCUUAUUUCAACCCUUUUGUCCAGAUACAACAUGCAUAACUCCCAUGUCUCAUGCACCAGUUAUGGCUCAGCAUUUCCCAAUACCUUGAGAAAUAUGUUCUUGUGAUUAAAACUGUUUUUGAACCUCUUCUGUAGUGCCUCAAUACUAAAAUUCUGUGAAAAACACAAGUGCAUUGUGGGAAAACCAUAACAAAUGGUUCCAGUAUUAAUACUUUGCACCUAGAUAACUCUAACUAAAUAAGGUCCUGUACACCUUGAGCUGGCAACUUUCUGAUUCUCAUCAUUCAUGGUAAGAGAGACCAUUAAUUUUAAAUGGUCAAAGAAAGUGCAUUACUAUUUACAGCACAGCACAUUACUGCAGAUCAAUCUAAGUCUUGGUAGAUUAAUCUGUUUUUCUUGGUGAUUUUGGAACAUUCUAGAGAUAUGGAUAGCUAAUUCAUGUUUAAAAAUAAGUUUAAAUUAGUUUAAGUAGUGCUGUAAUCCAUGUCUUUGUUAAGAUAUUGUCUAAGAUUUAGACUUAGAUAAUGAUAAUUAGAUAAUGAUAAUAGAAUAAUGAUGAGCGAAUCUGUCCUGUUUCGCCAUAAAACUUGUGAAACAACAAGAAAAAUCCCUGAAUCGAUUUUUUGCCCAACUUUUUUGACGCUCAUCAAUAAUAAUUCAUAGAGUUCUGGGCAGGCAGUAGGCCUUAUAUUUAAUAAUAUUUAAUAAUAGGAUCUACAGGUUUAAUUUUCUUAUCAUUGUGCAAAAGUUGUGCUGCCUUGGCAUUUUAUAUAUUUAUGAGAAUUACAGUUUUCUUUGCCAUCAAACUACAGUUGAAUCCCCUACAGAAGCCUACGAAUGUGAUACAGGCUGUAUAGGAUAUAUAUAUAUAUAUAUAUAUAUACAGUAUAUUGUUUUUUGCCAUAAUAACUCAAAUACCUGAAAUUUGAGUGCUUUUUAGAGAGAUCAGUAGACUUCUGUCAGAAAUGCUGCAGCAGGCUGUGAGUUCUGUAACAUGCACUAUAAAAUUCUAGCAAAUUACUGUGAAUGAACAUAAUUUUUUGCAUAUUUUAUAGAAGUUUAAACCAUGUUAUUGUUGCGCAGCAUAUUCAAGCUGAAAAAAAAUGACACAGUUGUUGGUUUAUCAAGCCACAAGUCACUAGCAUUCUUCCUUGAAAUUGGCAUAUCUGGCUAGCCUUAACAAGUAUUGCCAUAACCAUUAUACAGGGAAUAAAAAGACCACUUGCCUUUAAUCUAGCGUCACCUUCAAAUUGCUAAUGUUUGCAGAUAAUCUUUUAUACUAAAUAAUAUAAUCAUCUUGCAAUGUCAAAACAGUGGAUCUUUUUCAUUGCUCUGGGACAUUAUUUGUGGUGUGUUUGUGUGAUUUAAGGCAACUUGUUUGUUAAUGUUAAGUUAAAAUAAAAUAAUUAGUAAAGUAAAAGCGGUAAUUUACGUCUGCAAGAGCAGAGUGCAAUCGUCAUGUUUUUUCCCACAAUGUGGUGUUUUUUUCCUGAAUUUUAGCAUCAUUGUGGUUGCAAGGGUGUGUUGCAUCUGACACAGUUGCUCUGCAAUUUUGAAGUGGCUUGGACCUUUGAUUAAACAUACCUAAUAAACCGUGUUUGAAUUAGGGAAAAAAAAGUGAAGAGUUAUGUGUGUGUAAAAAUACCCCCCACAGUUACAAGCCACACCAAUUGGUAUUGUAAGCCUUGGUAUUGGUAUUGUAAGCCUUGGUGUUUGUAUUGUAAGCCUUGGUAUUGGUAUUGUAAGCCUUGGUAUUGUAAGCCUUGCCCGCCAACACUUUCUGGUUUUACCCACUGUAAAGUAAAACCAUUUUGAAAAUGUAGGGACACCAAUAUAAAAAUUGAGCAUAUGACUUUUCUCUUCAUCUUUGCCACAGUCUCCCUGUUUGUCUUGGACUUAACACUUUUCUCCAGAUAUAAUGGCCAUAACACUGGGCUUUAGCACUAUUCUAAAAAUAUAUAUGUUUCAGGUUUUUUCUCUACUCCCAAGGCCAGCGGCCCUUAUCUUUCAUCAGGAGCAUAUUGUCUCCUGAUGAAGAAGGAGAUUAUGAAAUAUUGUUUAUUUGUUUGGUCAUAGUUUCACCUUUGGAAACAUGAGCAAACUAAAUGGACCUAAUAAAUUAAGAAAGAAUCCUUAAACUUUAACUAAUGCUCUAAAGAGAUACAUACAAAAUAUUAAACUGGCUGGGAAACAAUGCCCCCUCAGUGAAAAUAUGGCAGACCCUCAUUAAUACAGCCCUACCUUCUAUUAGACUUACAUAUGAAGCUCGUGGGUGCCCCGCUAAAUUCGAAAAAAUCUGGUCCCCAUGGCUGGAGCUAAACCCCGGUAUACCUGAAGGAAUAUGUGGUUCCAAGGCUAUUAACUUCCACACUUCGAAUGGAGGGUUAUGUCAACCCGCACUAAUGUCUUCAGUAUGGUAAUUGCUGUGUGUCUGCUCUAGUGUACCCACCGUACUGUAUGCCUCCUCUUUGUUAAAUUUCUGUAUAAUACCGUACACACCAGUACAUGUAUCUUGGACUUGUGCCUAAAUGCUGUGUAUUUCCGCUGCUCCCCCUUUCCCCCCCCCUCCUUCCAUGUUACUAAAACAAUAAAAAUGAUACUUAAAAAAAAAAAAAAAAGAGAUACAUACAAUGUGACAAAGAUACUUACAAUCUGAUAGUGGAUAACCUCAUGCCUCUACAUGUUCUACUGGUUGCUAAUUAGAAACCAACAAACUAUAAUAUUUCAGUCAAAAAAAACGAGGAACCAUUCUACCUGUUCAUCAUCUUGUCUACAAUUGAUUUUGUGCAGACAUAUUGGAACUAAACUGUUUCUGAUAAUCUUUUUGUAUAAUGCACUUUAUUUUCAAUAAAAUCAGUUGUUUUGUUAUAGUGCUUAAAAUGUGGCCUACAGAACUGAUUUGUACGAAUUCAUUUUCUAGUACUGUAUGUGUAUAAAUAUACAAAAUUUACUGUGUGUAUAGAUGGGUGUGUGUGUUUUUUUGCCUCGGUGCAACAGGGUGCAUUUAAUAAGCUUAAACGCCUUUUAGCUAUAUUGUAACCUACAGUUCUCUGUGUCUUAUUACAGCAAACGGUUAGUAGAUAAAUGUCCCUAUUUUAGCUUGUGAUUGCUAGCAUACAGAAUAGAGAUUACCUUUUUGUGAUAAUUUAUUUUGUUACAUUACUAAAUCUUUUCUUUUCUAUUUGUUGCUGUUCCUCUAAAAAAAAAUGUAAACCAAUGUUGUAUUUGCCUUAGCAGGUCAUUAUAUCACUGUGACAAACCACUGCUUGUUCUUAAUCUCACUGCUCUGUUUAAUAAUUGCAGUUUCAAUAAAAGAUUUGAACAGUU